UGUAGAACUGAAGAAGAACUUUUAGAAUUUUCUAGAAGGUUCAUUUAAAAGACCUAUGUAGCAUGCACAGGAUAUAUCUGCUCACACACACACACACGUCAAGGUUGAAUUACAUCCACUCUUAUUGGACAUUUUCACAAUUUUUAUAUCUAUAUUUCUCUAUUUUAGCAAACCUAUUGAAUGGUAAAUAUAUUUCUAGAACUAUUGGUAGAGAUUUAUUAAUGUUCUGGCGGACAAAUCACUCUAACUUUAAGCUACACAGUGCUGAUAUCAAUCCAGAAAUGAAUUAGGUAAGGACAUGAUGGUAAGAGCAAUACUGAGACGCUGUUCAAAUAAAACUAGUAAAAUGUGACAUCAGUGUUCUCUACUUUUAGUCCGCAGGUAAUCAGGCGGGAUCUCCAGUAUUCAGUAACUCUAUGUGGGGUUUUCAUUUUGUCAGCUUGUGGGAAGACAUGUCCACCAUAUCGUUUAACUCUCUCACACAACAUUAACAUCAUUUCCUGUUUUAUUUUCAAACCUGUCAUUAUGUUACUGACGUAUUCAUUGACCUAUAAACUGUCAUGCCCCAGAUCUUGCACAUGUGUAUAAAUACCACAUGAUGAACUGAAGAUUUAGAAGGUUCAUUUAGAAGACCCCCAUAGUGUGCACAGGUUAUAUCUGCUCAUACACACAUCAAGGAACAAGACACAUAACAAAUCCAGCCAUGUUGCUGAUUUGGGUCGUGUUUGCCGGAACUCUCCCUCCUCCAACCAGCCAGAGUUGCUUCAAGGCCAACGAGUCUCAAUGUGACAAUGCGGACUUCGCUCCGGGAUCCGACCUAGCAGGAGAAGGCUUUGACGUCACCACCAUGCAACGGAAAGGGGCCUUUGUCCUUGACAUGAGCUCCUGGCUCCAAAAGGACAAGUCUUGCACUCUGUGUAAAAACCCCUACAUGGAAGGUCAAACGCAGAAGAUCCCGGUUUCUGUGGUGGACUGGAGACCGAGUCAGAAGUGCAGCAUGAAGUUGUCCAGCUCUGUCUACCAGUCCAGCGAGGCCCUGGUCAGCGCCAGCACCUCCUCUAUCAAGAACAACUGGAAGUUAGGCUUGCAUAUAAUCACUCCAAAAGUCCAGGGAUCACUGAUACUGGCAGGCAGUAACUCCAAGUUGGCAGGGUAUUCGAUGGGGAAAACCAAAAAAGACAAGUUCAGCUUCACCAGCCAUGAUGUCAAAUGUGAUUAUUACAGAUACAGGGUUUCAGGCAGUCCACUCCUGCACCAAGAGCUAAUCAAUGAAUUUGGACGUCUGCCUGAGAUAUACAAUGAGUCAACAAAGCACCUCUACUACAAGCUGAUUGACAAGUUUGGUACUCAUUAUAUCACAAAGGUGACUCUGGGUGGAGAGGUUCGCUCUGUGACCAGCAUCAAGGAGUGUGAGGCGUCCCUGCAGGGUCUGAGCGCGGACGAGGUGAAGAUGUGUCUGGACGUGGAGGCUUCUGUCAGUAUGGGAAUAGCUGCAAAUCUGAAGGCCGAGGCUCAUCACUGCAAGCAGAUCAAGGAAGAGAGUCUGAGCAAAAAGAGCUUUUCUAGCAUCUUCAGUGACAGGGAAACAAAUGUGAUUGGUGGCCACACUCAGAGUGUCGACCUCCUUUUCUCAUCAAAUAAUGACCCAAGGGGCUAUAAGGAGUGGGUCUCAUCUCUGCCUGCUCACCCUGAUGUGCUUUCCUACUCACUCGAGCCCCUUCACGAGCUGCUGCCGGUAAAGGAACCAAUCCGAGAGCAUCUGUACACUGCCAUCAAGGACUACAUCCUCCAGAGGGCUCUGUUGAAAAACUGCACAAGCCCAUGUAAGAUCGGUGUGAAGACCAACCCCAAGGAACCGUGCAGCUGCAGCUGCCACAACAACCCAGGUGUGGCCCUCAACUGCUGCCCAACUCAGAGAGGAUUUGCUCAGAUCACUGUAACUGUGAUUAAAGCCACAGGUUUAUGUGGAGAUUACUUAACUGAGACAGAUGGAUUCGUCAAGAUCCUCCUCAAUGGAAAGAUUAGUUUUGGCCAGACGUCUGUGAUAAAGAAUGAUAACUCACCUAAGUGGGACUGGGAUUUCCAUCUUGGAACUGUGGCUCUUACCCAUUUCAGCAGUGUGAAGCUGGAGGUGUGGGACGAGGACAGUAAUUCAAAUGAUGACUUUCUUGGGGAAUGCAGCAUCCCAUUGAAAUCUGGAGUUGAGACAAAUGUCUGUGCACUCAAUCACGGAGAACUCUAUUAUAAAGUGGAGGUGAAGUGUGUUCACGGUUUGGCUGGUUCUUCUUGCAUGGAGUACAAGCCCUCUCCCAUGGAGGCACAGCUGGAGAAAGUGUACGUCUCCCGGAACGCUCGCCCGAUUCCCAGAGGCAUGCUGCUGGAGAUGGGAGUGCUCCUCGAUGAGCGUAUUCCCCGCUUCAACCAGAGCAACAUUCGCAAAGCUAAAGGUCUUGAGUUGUAGACCAGUCGUGUUCUUUGUGCAUACUCACGCCAGUUAUCAUGCUGUUUGAAGUAGAAUAGGUGCACGUGUUACUGAUGCCUUUUAUAAUAUUGCUGCAUUUUGACUUUUUGAAAGUUUAAUAAAAGUCUCAUGAAGCAAAAUAUUUCUACCAUUGUGUAGUUUGUAAAUUGCAUAUUGAUGCCAUUUAUUUCCAUAUAUUUGAAUAUUUGCACAUAAUAUUGGUGCAUUAUUACUAUCUACAUUUCCUGCUCAUUUGUGUUGCCAUUGUCUUUUAUAAAAAAGCUUAAUAAAAGUGUCAUGAAGCAAAAUAUUCUUGAAAUAUUGCUGAUAAAAACAGAUAUCGUGUGGCAUGUCCAAUAAACCUAUGUACUGCAAAAAAAGCAAUUUCAAGAAAAUAAAAAAGCCUUGUUUCAGUGGAAAUUAGUCUCUUUUUUUGUGUAAAAAGAAAAAUCAUCUUGUCAAGCAUGUUUUGCAUUAGAAAAGUAAUCUCAUUUUAAGAAAAUGCAUCUUAACUUUGUCUUAAUAAGAUAUUGAGCUUAAGAUUUAACCAGUAACAAGCUACAACAACGAUUUGCGUAAUAUUCCAGCAGAGGAACAAGAUGGUUUUCCUUAUUUUAAGAGUAAGACCACUUGCACAAAAAUAUUUCAAUGAAUCAGCUAGGUGUCAUGGUUAUGCUGAAAUCCAG